UAUUUCUAUAAAAUAAUGAAACGAAGUAAAUUCGUAGCUAAUUUUGCGGCUUCUUUACGUGGAAGCUUAACGUGGUUUUUACGAGGAAACGUUUACAAGGAAAUAACGUGGAAAUCUAUCAAGGUUUUUACGUUUUAUUUACGUGGAAAGCUGUCAAGGUAUUUACGUUAAUUUUACGAGUAUUUAUUUACGUGGGUUUUACGAGGAAAGUUUUUCGUGGUAAUUACGAGGAAUCUUAGCGACGUCCUUACGAGGAAUCUUUACGUGGUCUUUACGAGGAAAAUUAGCGACGUCCUUACGAGGAAGCUUUACGUGGUCUUUACGACGAAAUAUCCUCCUUCGCUUUUACGACGAAAUUAUUUCCUCGCUAACUUACGACGAAUUAGCGAGGAUAUAUGCGUUACGACAAACGUAUAACGACGAAACGGGUUUCCUCGCUAAUUCGUCGUAACACUGCUUUUACGACGAAUUAGCGAGGAAAACUGCCCUCGUAAAACUUGUGUUUUCUUGUAGUGGAUGUUCGAAGGUAUUCAAACUGUGGACGUUGAUGGUUUGUUAACUCUUCUAUGUCUCUUGAUCUCUCCUCUCUUCUUCUCUUCAGAUUUAUCACCUUUUCUUCUUGGCUAUCGCCAUCUCAUCGUCACAUCGUCACGCCAUCACACCAUUACCUCUACUCAAGCUCGCUCUCACACAGUUACCUCACCUCUGCUCAAGCUCACCAUCACGCUGUCACCUCACGUCUGCUACAGCUCGCCGUCACCUCACGUAUGCUACAGCUCGCCUUCAUUUCAGUUAAUGGAGAAGGAAAAAAUCCAGGAUGCUACAGAGGAGGAGGAAGAAUAAAAGAGAUGAAAGAGGAUGAAGAGGAAGAAGAGAAGAAAAAAAGGCUCCUGGAGACUGGCCGUAGAAGAUGACAGAAGAGUGGUCCGUAUGUUUACUGAUGGCAUCCUGGAUUACUAGUUGCAUGAUUCUCAACCGCCACAUGCUCAUAGUUGGUGACUCUCAACAUGAGUCUAUUUGAUUCUGGAUAUCAACUCGGCAUAACACAUAUGUAGAGUAUCAAUGGAUUCAUCGAGUUACCCCCUCGUUUUUUUUGUUGUUGAUGUUGAAUUGUUCCAAACCAACUAACAAUAGACAUAACCAUCAUUCGAUCUAAUAGCCAGUAAUUUUAAAUCUAAAUAUCAGCUAACAUGUACAAUAUCCAGAUAAUUUAAAACAUAACCAUGUUAAUUUAUGGAAGAUCUGAAUAUUUAUAAUAUAACCAUUCUAACUUACAUAUCAACUAUAUGAGCUCUACUUAUAUGAGUUAAGCUAACAUUACCCAAAAAUAGAAUCAAAGAAGCUGAAUAAAAAACAUAUAUUUAUUAACAUGAUAAUUAUAAUCGAGAAAACAUGCGUAAUCGGAUAAUUGUAGUGUUAACCGACCAUUUAUUAAAAAUACUAAGGAUUUUUAACAUAAAAGCCCCCCAAUUAAGUUUAUUCUGGGUAUAAACCCCUGAAUUAAAAAUUCAAUGAAAAAACCUCCAACCUAAAUAAUUGUAAUGAAUUGGCCCCUCCGUUACUCGUCACGUUAAAACCAAACGCCGCUUUUGGAAAUGUCUUAAAACAAUAUGAUUUGUCAAUAAAACAGUACGAUGUUUAAACAAAAUGUCAUGUUGUUUAUCAUUUAAUUUUACAUUCUUAAGUGUCUUAAAAAUUCCACGAGAGAAUAAGAUGAUAAACCCUAAUUUUUUAAAGAGAAGGGUUUUGAGUUUCAUUUGGUGAUUGUGAGAGUUUGAGAGACUCUAAGUUCGGGAGAGGGUGACUUAUAGUCUGGUGACAGAGUUGAAGUUACAUAUAUAUAUGGUUCAAAACUUCAAAUGAACUUAAUCCUAGUUACACUUUUGAUCGCCACUGAACUCACAUCACCUUAAGCACACUUGAAGUUGGCUCAUCUAAGAACUUGCUGUUUUUCUGUUUUUAAUUUUGGAACUCAGCUUUAGAAUCUAUGUUUUGGUGUUUCAGAUUAACUACGAUUAAGUUCAUCUGUACCAUGUUUUACCAUGUUUUGGUGUUUUGUUAUAGCUCAGGUUAUGGUCGUUAGAACCAUUAAAAUGAAGUGAACUAUGUUUGCUUGUUGCUAUGUGUCUUGAAGGGUCAUUUUAUUUGUUUCUUCCAACGACAAGUGCAAGACAUAUUUUCUUACAGGGUCAUGUUGUUAAUCAACUCGUCAAACACAGCAACAGUAGAAAAACAAGUUAAAAACAACACUUGAAACACUAUCAAAUGUCAUAAAUACCAGUUAAAAACGUCACUUAAACCACAAUGAUGAUAGUCCUAGAACAAGCUACUGUUGAACUUUUUCUCUUGGCUUGACCUCUCACACUGCACAAUUCUCACGGCCAGCCUCUCUUUCUUCUCUUGUUCAUACUUGGUGAGCUUCUCUCACCCUCACUCUGUUUUACACCACUCACACUCUGUUUUUGUUUACUUGUGUUUCAUCUUAACACAAGCUUGCUCUUUCUCUUUACUCUUUCACGUUUCUUUUGUGUUUAUGUAGAGAGAGAAGAGAGUUUAGUUGGCUUUUGCCUCUUCUUCUUUCCUUGGGUGGUAAGCAAUCUCUUGCUUCCACUUCUUUAUUCUUUUUCGACGGGACUCCUUGGUCAAUUCUUCUUCUUGUUCAUUUUCAUGUGUGGCAAGCUUCCUUGCUUCCACUUCUUCUCUUGAAGGAUUUAAUCAAAGUUCAAUCUCGAGAGCUACGACCACAAUGACAGUCCUUGAACCACAAUGAUGUUAAAAGACGCAAGCUACAACACACAGCAUCACUUUUAGACUUGGUUCUAAAACUCUCAAGCAACAUAAACUUUUCGAGAACAAAAUCAGUUGAAACCAACACCGUACGUUUAAUUACGAAAACUAAAACCUAACUGGGGAAGAUGAAAACAAAAGCUUUAACUUGAGGAACAGAUAUAAACUCAAAAUUUUGAAGAACCCUAAUUUAUAUUUGGAAAUUUUCGAGUCUCAGAUAUGAAGAAGAGGAAAGACGGGUCGUUUUUCUUCUGACACUAAACGAUGUGUUUCAACUAACGGAGGUUUUCAAAAUUUUAACGUGGCUAAGUAACAGAGGGGCCAAUUAGAUACCAUUUCUUAGGUUGAGGGUUUUUCCGUUGAAUCUUUAAUUUAGGGGUUUAUACCCGAAAUAAACUUAAUUGAGGGGGUUUUAUGUUAAAAAUCCAAAUACUAACUAAAAGUAUUGAUAUCUAGAUAAUUUGUAUAUAUUAUCGGCUAACUAUAACAAAAAAAUUCAAGUGAAAUUACAACUUACAUCAUAAAGAAAAGUGAAAAAUAUUUCCAAGAAUCAUGGUAACAACUAAUAGUUGGUACUUCACCCUUAAUAAACUCUCGUCUUCUGAGCUGAUAAGCCGGAGAUGGUACUUGACGAGGCAAUGCGACGGUAAUGCGGCAGUGGAGGAUGAUGGUCAUAAAGAAAGCAUUUGUUGAAGUGUGAAGAGUGAAUAUGAGCUAUUUCUUAAACAAGGCUCGUGCUUUCCGGUUUCUGCGAGUUUACGCGCCGUCGUGUAAUCACAUCCAAAACUUGAUGGUUCGGACGAGAGAGAUUUGAAACUGAAUGUUUGAAUUUGUGGCAAUGAAUUUAAGGAUGAUAAAAUUUCUUAAUAGAAAGGAUCCCAAUCUAAGAAAAUGAUGAUUUAGUGUUUGAUAAUUUAUCUUUUUGUGAAAAGAUGUGUUUGUGGUUUGCAGGAGGAAGCGAGUGUGGUUGCAGGAGGAAACGAGUGUGUGCGUGUGUGUGUGUGUGAGAGAGAAAGAGAGAGAGAGAAGAUGCAUCGUCACGCCAUCACACCAUUAAACUAGAGAACGAAUAGGGUCACAAAGGUCAUUUCUCAUCUUCUGCCAUUGGGCUAGUGAGCCAUUGUUUUUUUUUCAUCCAUAUAAAUUUCUGAAUCUUUGUAUAUUUCCCUCGUAAGUAAUAUAUUGGAAAAUGAUCAAAACGUCACACUUUUUCUUUGCAUUGCAGAUUAAGAAUACAUGUGAAACUCCAACAUUGAAAAGUCGGUAUAUAAAAUGUUCAAAUUAUAAUUCUUCUUAGAAAUCAUAAUCCUUUGAUGACAAAUUCCAUGCAUAGGGUGAAAGUAAUGUUUAACUAUAUCAAUUAAUUGUUGGAUAAGUGACAUAAAAGUCCAAGAAACUAAUGCAGAAUUGUUCUCUAGUUUCUUGCUUAAGGAAACUAUACGACGUACGCGUAUAUAUAAAACUUCAUCUUUAAAACACUUAUAAAGGUAUAAAUAAUAUUAAGUUAACAAGUUAUUAACUAAGGAAAUGUCGUCAUCAUGUAGCGUAUAUGAGAUGUAUAUGCUGUCGACUUAUCCUAAUUUGAACUCGAAUAAUGGUAAGUCGAGUCCCAGGGGCGAAGCCAGACCUAUUUUCUCCUGAGUGCAUACAAUUAAUACAAGUUAAAAUAAUUUAUAAUAUAGUGAUAUAGUGGGGCAUCGAACUCUGGAUCAUUGAAAAAUGUGGGUGCACCUUAACCAAAUAAGCUAUUUCAACCAAUACAUACAAUGUAAAAACAUAUUAAAUAAAGAUAAUAGGGGGUGCACGUGCACCCAGACUCUUCCACCUAGCUUCGCCCCUGAAGUCGACUACACUAAUACACAUCAUUAGCUACAAACCAAAUUGAAAACAUUUUCUUAUAUAGUUCUAUGUAAUAUAGUAAUUAUUGUCGGUUUGAUAUGUUAGUAUUUUAUACAAAGGCGAAAAUCUAAGAACAAACAAUUAAAUUAACUAAUCAUUACACACGCUAUCUCAAAGUCGACUGACUUUUAUAUAACAAUGACCACGGUCAGAUUCACAAUGUAUAUUUAACCGUUCUCAUUAUCCAACAUGAUUCAUCAAAUUUACAUUUUUUUUCACAAAUAAAAACUCCCCCUUUGCUUCCCGUUAUUUAUAUACUCUCCUGAUCAUACAGCAAUGAAUAGAAAAUACUUGGAUCGAAGAUCAUAUUCAUGGUCUGGACAAUCAAGACCAUACAUAUGCGACUUUUGCGAGAGAGGUUUCUCCAACGCACAAGCUUUAGGAGGGCACAUGAACAUCCACAGAAAAGAUAGGGCAAAACUGCGGGAAGCGAACUUAAAGGAAGAUAAUCCUGAAGACUCCAUAUGCACCAAUUCAAGAACCAGGUUCGAGCAAGUUCCGAUUGAAUUGCCUUUCUUCGUUGACACGAUAAGUCCUACAAGAAAAGAAAACAAUAAUAAAAGUGGAAACUAUUUGGGAGAUGAAGAAGAGAAGAAGAUGAGGUCGUUAUUUCAAAAAGCUUUGUCCAAAAGUGCAGAAGUGAUAGACCUUGAGCUUCGUCUAGGAUUAGAUCCUUAUAAGAAAUCACCAAGUAAGUAGUUAUGUGAAUAUAUAGUUUAGUCACCAAAAUAUAUAUAGAUGUAAUAUGUGGAUAUUUUUUUGUUCGUUUGAUUUGAUUAGUUGUUGAUUUGUUAAUAUUGCACUAAAAUUCUAACUUUGUAUGUACGUAACGGUAUAUGGUUUUGAUGCGUUUUGUAAAAUACUAUAUGAUUAACUAAGGCUUAAGCAUUUUGUUUUAAAUUCUGAAACAAAAAUUCAAGAUACUAAGCAAAUAUGCUCUUUUUUUUGCAUAUAACAAUUUCCACUAACGAUUGGACCUAAGUUAAAUGUACUAUAUAGCAUUUAACAAAAUAUUAGAGCCUAGCAAGUAUGUUGAUCGAAAAAUAUAGCAAACGUGACGCUACCAUACAUAGUUUUUUUUAACUCUGCUUUCUCAAGAGGGACCUCCAUUUUGGGUCGAUGAGAAUGUAGAUGGAGCUGAAGGUGGUAGUAGUUUAUUGAUGAUAAUGGAGUAUUCACAGGACUAGAGUCAGUAGAUGCAUAUUCCCGAAAAAAAACUAAAGAGGAUGGUUAAUAAAACUGAGUCAAAAGAUGCAAGAAAUGCAGUGAACUAAUCCAGACCGAAGAGGUCGAGAUGGCCGCCGACCUAUCAAGUAGGGAUCAUUUGAGAGCCUUGUUUAGCUCUUUCUUUGCUCUCGUCAUUUAUUUCACAAUCUACUACUACUAUUUUGAGUCACAGUUUGUAAUUUCCUUUUGCAAUUUCAACUGAAAACCUUUUAUAAAAAGUGAAAAACAUAAAAGAAGAGGAGCUCUAUUUUUAUAAAAGCAUAUAAUGUUCUUAGAAUCUGCCCAAAUGCAUGGCAUGUUUUUGUGUGUAAUGUUAGUGGUGCUGAAGCCUGAACAUCAAGUUCAUAGAUUUUGUAAACCCAAUCUGAAAAAUGUGAUAAAAUCAAAUCAAAUACACAUGACGCAAAAUAAUAAUUAAAGAUAUAUAGUUAUAAUAGUUUUACUCUUUGUCAGGCGCACACCGAGGCAUCUCUCUUACGCAGUAGUGCUUCUCAUACAAGUUGGAAUAUAAAACACCUUGCUCCAUCUCUCUUUUUCUCCAGCCUCCAUCAUCCACCUACUCAUUGAUUCGAAAUGAGAAACAAAACCUUAACAACGUAAAAACAGAAAGAUAUUCGAUAUACAUA